AUGUUUGGGGAGGCGAUAAAGGGCGCGCUGUCGAUCGCCCUGAGACAUAUCAGCGUAGGUGUCACAGUCAUAAUCGAAAGGAUAAAAUUGAACUUACAACUGCCGGAACACAAAACGAUUGAAUUGAAAGUAGAGCGAACACCACAGUCGCAAAAAGCAGAAGAGGCACGCCUACCAUUCCCUCCACGUCCUACGCAUGUCAAUCCCGAAUACUCACGCGAGUCGAGCGGUAGAUUCUGUCACUUUCCCCACACCCAAUACCUCAUCAUCAGCACCGAGAGGGAGAUGGUCUAUUGUCUUUCGCACAUCCUCCACAGCUUCAUCGUAAGCCUAGAUGGCAUCUUCGACCGCGGCCUCCAGACUCCGAUCGCGAGGCUCGUGAUGUUAUGUUUCCAGGGCUUCGUCCAGCUGAUCAAGCGCUUGCUCGAUCCCUUUCAGGUACUCGUCCACGUACUCGUUUUUUCCACUUCAGGAUGUCAGCGCCUUACUAGUCGCCAUAUGACAACUGCGUUGGUACGAUGUUCAUUCGACUCGUAUCAAUCGCUCAACCGUAUUCGCAAGGAGAACAAGCAAUUUCAUUUGAUGGCAUCGAGGGAUCUCGGGCUCAGCCAGAAGCUUUUGCGCAUGGGUGAUACAUUUUAA